GCGUUCGAGACGCCGACGUUCAGGAACCUCCUCUGGCAGAAGGGCGGGUGGGAUUACUCCGCCGCCAAGUCCUGGCCGCAGGACCCAGAGGCGUUCGGCGCCAGCAACCUCCAGCGGGAACCCGAGGACGAGGCGGAGUUCAGGUUCUGGGAGGACAUCUCCAAGCAGAACUACAAGGUGAGCACGGACGGGAAGAACAACCCCGUCGCCAGCAGGUGGCAGCGCGCGCUGGAGGACCCCGUGAGGCGCCAGAAGUACGAGUCCAUCUCUGGCCGCGCAGCCAAGAGGGCUUUCAGGUCCGACUGGGCCAGGGAGAAGCACGAGGAGGUCAAGAUCUCCUACAGCAAGACGACGGAGGAGACGAGGAGCCUCUGGAAGAAAUCGAAGUACAUGCCCAUCGGUGCGAUCGCGAUCAAGCUCGGCGGCGGGAAAGCUGGCUGGAUGCUGGCAAGCAAGUACGUGUGGAAGACGAUGAACAUGGGGCCGCCCUGGAUCAUCUACGACACGAUGUGCGAGACGAUCUUUUCAUUGUUUGUGGAGCAGGGGCUCACCGAGACCUUCGCGACCACGUGGAAGAAGCACGAGGAGUGGGCCAAGAAGGAGCCGCCGACGCUGACCGACGUGCCGCGCAGCCUGGCGCCAGCGCUGGCGGAGCCCGCGGGCGCAGCGGCGGCGGGGGCGACUGGCGCCGCCCAGACGGGCGCGGCGGCAGCGCCAGCGGCGGCUCCACCGGCGGCGGCACCUGCAGCCCCAGAGGCGCCACCAGCAGCGCCGCGGGAGCCAGCGGCGCCGCAGGAGCGCAAGGGCAGGGGCGCGCGCGGUGGCGACGCCAAGGUCGGCGCGGUGACUGACGGGCAGCCGCCCGAGGCCAAGGGCGGGAAGGUCAGGAGCGAGGCGCAGGAGGCGAUGGCCAGCGCCAAGAAGGUGAUCACCCAGUACCAGGCCGUCAUCGCGCACCACCAGUCGAUGAUGAUGAGCAUCGGCCUCGACAAGGACUGGGCUUGGGCGCUGGAGGAUGACGAGGCCGCGCUCAAGGCAAUGAGGAGGGCCAAGUCGAAGCUCGACGAUGCGGCGGGUCAGAACGUGGUCGCCGCGAAGGUGCUCUCGGCCAAGAACCUCCCAGAGCUGAAGAAGCAGAUCGGCGACCAGGAGUUCAUGCGGGGCUUGGCGCUGGUGUCGGGGCUCACGGACUGCAUCCAGAAGGUCGAGGAAGAGCUGGAGACGUUGCUGGGCUUCGACAGGGCGAAGCGGGAGAGCAAGCGCAAGCAGAACAAGCAGGAGCAGCCAGGGAAGGCCGCCAGGCCGCGCAAGCAGCCUCGUCGGGGUGAGUCGUAG